AUGACUGAUGACUCGUACCUUCGUUGCGCAACGGACGCUCUUACCCAACCGUCAAUAUGGAAUAUCACAUUACUGGUACUCAUCGUGACGUUCAUCUACGCCGUGUUCAAAACUGUGUACAACGUGUUCCUUCAUCCACUGCGAAAGUUUCCAGGACCUUGGUUGUAUACCCUGACCAGCAUUCCUCAUACGAGACUCACCCUUUCUGGACUAUCGCACAAGAAGCAUCUUGAGCUUCACCUCAAGUACGGACCUGUGGUUCGAAUAGCUCCCAAUAUGCUCUCGUUCAACCAUCCUGAUGCUAUGAAAGACCUCCGAGGUCAUCGAAAGACGGGCGAACCCGAGCACGGCAAGGAUCCCAUCUCCAUACCCUUCAACCUCGACAAUAUAGUUGGCAGCAACCGCGAACAUCAUACGCGCUUUCGGCGAGCCCUGGCCCACGGUUUCUCGUCGCAAGCCAUGCUAGAGCAGGAGCCUACGUUCAAGGCAUAUGUUGACCAAUUGCUCGGACGGCUUGAAGAAAACAGCUCCGAUGGCACUGUAGCCGUGGACAUUGCCAGUUGGUACACAUUUACAGCCUUUGAUCUGAUUGGGGAUCUUGCAUUCGGCGAGUCCUUUGGCUGUCUCGACAACUCAAACUAUCAUCCGUGGGUAGCACUUACCUUUCAGAGUCUCAAAAGUCUCGCCUUCAACACAGAAAUUGGCCGGUAUCCCAGCAUAGCGAUGCUUGUUCAAUUACUACCCCGCGGCAUUUUUUCAAAGUUUGCAGAGAACAAAAAGCUCUCAUCCGCCAAAGUGCGCAAGCGUCUCGACUCCGGAAGCAAUAGACCAGACUUUAUUGGCAAGAUUACGGAAGGAUCGCGCUCCAAGCCGACUGAAAUAAAUUUUGAAGAACUUGCAUCUAACGCCUCGGUUUUGAUCGUCGCUGGUUCAGAAACGACAGCAACACUGCUCUCCGCCGCGAUUUACUUUCUCACCAAGAACCCACAGGCCUUUGCCAUGCUGGCUGAGGAAAUCCGCGGCGCCUUUACCAACAAGGACGAGAUUGGGCUCAUUACCACACAAGGGCUACCGUACAUGCAGGCAGUGCUUGACGAGGCUUUGCGUCUAUAUCCUCCCGUAGCCGGCGGCGGAUCGCCUCGAAAGGUAGCCAAAGGGGGGGUCCAAAUUGCCGGUUAUUUUGUGCCCGAAAAUACCUUGGUUGAGAAUGAUAUGUGGGCAUUACACCACAAUCCAAAGUACUUUGCGCAGCCGGAAUCCUUCGUACCGGAACGAUGGUUAGGCCACAAAGAUUUUCAAGAUGAUCAGCUUGGCGCUGUAAAGCCAUUUUCUAUUGGCCCCCGUAACUGCAUUGGGAUGAAUAUCAAGGAAUAA